GAGAAAAAGAAUGAACGAGCAUUUUCACCUCAAGUGGGAAAUAUGUUUCGGAGAAUAAAGUCAACAUACAGACCUAAAGAAAGAGGUGGUGAUCAAGGCUAUCCCAGGGCAGUUUGGCCUGUGUUUUUCCAGGAGCCUGGUGAUAAGCAACCUCAACAAGAGAAGCCACUAACUAAAAGUCAGGACAUUAUACCUGGUCAAGAGGAAGAGGAUGAAGGAGCAUCUUCAGUUCAAGGUCCUGCCCUGGAAGCUAAUCAACAGGAACUGGCUCAGCCAAAGACUGGGUGUGGGUGUGGAGAUGGUUCUGAUGUCAAGAGGAAGAGACUGCCAAAUCCAGAACCCAUUAAAGAGCCAGAAGCAG